AUGAGCGAAUACUACGAAGAUCUUAAAGCUGAUCCCAAAUCUUUUUUCUCUAAGAUCAACAACGCAUUGAGAAAGGGCAGCUAUCGUGGGAUAUUUAAAAAUGGCUAUAUCUUUACCCAGAUAAUAACCGGUGGACCUCAAUAUGAAAUUAUGGGUGAACAACUAGAAAGUUCUUCAUCAGCAGCAUCGUCAGCCAGUCAGCAACAACAAGAACAACAACGACAACAGCAGCAACAUGUUUAUGGCGACCUUGUGGAGGGCGCUGAUGGUGCUUGGAUUCUCUGUUUGGCAGAUCUGUACCCGGAGACAUACAUCAACAAGAUCAGCAAGGCAAUGAUGGUGCGAGCAGCUGGGUCCUUGAAUAUUGAGGGACUGAAGAAGGAAUUUGGUUCGCGUCUCCCUGGUCUUUUUUUUACUGAAUAG